UUACAUUGUGAUAGAAAUACAGAGAAAGUGUAGCAGGACAUCAAGGCUGGAGAAGAGUUUGUGUUGUCCGCCUUUAUAUCAAAAGUAGAUAUAUCUCAAAGGCUGGCCGAUGGGGGCACCGCACAGUGACUACUAAACAUGUCCGGGUCCUCCAACUGCUGCUUGGGGACAGCGCCGGCCGACGGCGAGGUGGCCUUGGGUCUGGAGGACAGCACCAAGCUGCUGGGCGUGCAGGUGGUCUUGAUAUUGGCGUACAGCGCCAUCAUCGUGCUGGGCGUGACGGGCAACAGCCUGGUCAUCUACGUGGUCUACAGGUUCAGGACCCUCCGCACCGUCACCAACUUCUUCAUCGUCAACCUGGCGGUGGCCGACCUGCUGGUCAACACGCUGUGCCUGCCCUUCACGCUGGCCUACACGCUCUACGGGGAGUGGAUGUUCGGGCGGGUGCUGUGCUUCGUCCUGCCGUGCGCUCAGGGUGCCGCUGUGCACGUGUCCACCAUCACGCUCAACGUCAUCGCGCUGGACCGCCACCACAGCAUCGUCCACCACGCCGAGAGUAAGAUGUCCAGAGACGUGUGCGCCGUCGUCAUCGCCCUCACCUGGGCCGUCAGCGCCCUCCUGGCGAGCCCCUUAGCCAUAUUCCGCGAGUACGCGACCUUAGACCUCUCGCCCGUCGAGUCCCUGCAGGUGUGCGCAGAGAAGUGGCCCGAAGGCGGCGUGAACGGGAGCGUCUACAGCGUCUCCAUGCUGCUGCUGCAGUAUGGCCUCCCGCUGGUCAUCAACUGCGUGGCCUACGUGCGCAUCUGGACCAAGAUGAAGAGCAGCAUGGCGGCGCGCCACGGCCCCGGCAGGCGGCCAAAGAAGACCACCAAGAUGCUGGUGACCAUGGUGGUGGUGUUCGCCAUCAGCUGGCUGCCGCUGCACGCCUUCCAGCUGGCGGUGGACAUCGACAGCAGCGUGGUCUACAUGAAGGACUUCAAACUGCUCUUCAGCGCCUUCCACGUGGUCGCCAUGUGCUCCACCUUCGUCAACCCCAUCCUCUAUGGCUGGAUGAACAACAACUACAGGAGCGCCUUCCUGUCCGUCUGCCACUGCGCCCGGACGCACAAGAGCAAACAAGGCCACAACGUCUCCAAGUCCACCAAGGUUUGAGUCACAUCCAUGAUCCUUUGAUUUGGGUUUUGAUUUGGGUUUGGAAUGACGGACGUAGUCCCUCCUAAAUCCUACAGGGAUUUGAUUCUUCUUCUAUUGACUUUCUUUGUCUUGUCACCGUGAGAUACAACGUGAGACACAAAAUGGCAAAUUUUUUUUCCUAUUCGUCAGCUCAAGAUACCUUAUGGUUUUCAAUGACAUCAGUGCCGACCGUCCCUGACAUGAACGCACAUCUUCAUCGAUUUGAACCAGCAUGUGAGCCGCAUGGCGGACUGCGGCUCGAAUCUUCUUUCACAGCGAGACAUCUGUUGCUUUUCUUUGAUUCCCAAUGAUAAAAGAAGUCCAGCUCUGCCGAGGAUUGAUUUCCAACCAGCGCUGGGAGAGCUUUGCUUUGUGUCCAAGCACAAGGUUCAUAUGAAAGGAUGAGCCACCAGGUUGCGGCUGGUGUUGCAUUCACUGCCUGUGCCCGGUGUAGGACUUAUUCACACGCCUUAUGGAUCCAAAAGCUUGCUGGGAUGACUGCUGAGACGUUACCUCAAGUAAAUACACUGUUUACGUUGCAGAGUUAUUUUCAUAGGAGCAGAUCCUUCAACAUGCUCAAGGAUACUUAUGUCCAAUGUGAAAGAGUUUAGUCAUUUCUGAAGGUCUUUGAAUGUAACAUGAACUGACUACAUGUAGUAUAUGUGUUUGUGUCGAUGGACCACGUCCGGGUAGACAUUACAAUACCAGUAAGGAUUAUUUGAGUCCAGGAACGACUGUGGCGAGUUUACCCCGGGCUCACGCCGAAUCCCGAUCCAGUCCAGCUUGCCGUAAAGACCACCUCACAUCGACUCCGGGCAAGUGUGCAGUUGAAGAAGACCAUAAGACGACAUACUGAACUGGUCCAAGGUCAAAGGUCAACACAGCCUCACCUCAACGGCUCAUUUGAGGUUUAAUUUUGCCGUCUAGAUGAAGGGACGGAGAGAGGAAGAGAGGAGGAAGAAAGGAGGAAGAAAGGAAGAAAGGAAAAGGAAGAGGAAGAAAGGAAGUGAGGAGAAAAAGAAGAGAGGAAGAAAGGAAGUGAGGAAGAAAGGAAGAGAUGAAGAAAGGAAGUGAGGAAGAAAGGAAGUGAGGAGGAAGAGAGGAGGAGGAAAGGAAGAGAGGAAGAAAGGAAGUGAGGAAGAAAGGAAGAGAGGAAGAGAGAGAGAACCUUUCCACGGUGAGGGCGAGCUGUCCCCCAGCCUCCUUGAUCUUGUUCUGGGCGUGGCAGUGCAGCAUGUGGGCGGCGGCCACGCCCUGGAUGGCCACGAUGACAUCACCAGGGCAAAGGUUGGCCACGGCCGCCUUGCUACCAGGAGUGAUCUGUGGGCGUGGCGUCAGGGAACGUGAGUGACAGACUGGGCGGGGCGUAGGUCUUGACAUGGGGUGAAAGGGGCGGGUUCAAAAAAAGCAAAGCGUUGACGGAUGGAAGACUGGCAUCCCAAAGCUUCCUGACACCCCCUCCCCAACCCCCCCGUCCCGCUGUGCAGGCCGUGACCUUAUUGCAUUACCCCGUGGCCAAGUGGGCCCAUGAGGUCAUGUGACUAUAAAUAAGCCGGGGAGGGGGCCGAGGGGACGCCUCAUGCCACCCAGACAGCCCCCGUCCACUGAUACAGUACUGUAUACUAGAGCAUGUUAGGGUACUAUAGAGUAUAGUACGGUACAGUACUGUAGUAGAGCAUGUUAGGGUACUAUAGAGUAUAGUACAGUAUAGUAGAGCAUGUUAGGGUACUAUAGAGUAUAGUACAGUACAGUAUAGUAGAGCAUGUUAGGGUACUAUAGAGUAUAGUAUAGCACUGCAUAGUAGAGUAUGUUAGGGUACUAUAGAUUGGAGUAUAGUACAGUACUGUAUACUAGAGCAUGUUAGGGUAAUAUAGAGUAUAGUACUGUAUAGUAGAGUAUUUAGUUAGAGUACUAUAGAGUAUGUUAGGGUACUAUAGAGUAUAGUACAGUAUAGUAGAGCAUUUAGUUUGAGUACUAUAGAGUAUGUUAGGGUACUAUAGAGUAUAGUACAGUACUGUAUAGUAGAGUAUGUUAGGGUACUAUAGAGUAUAGUACUGUAUAGUAGAGGCUUUAGUUAGGGUACUAGUAUUGUAUAGUAGUUAGGGUUAGAGUACUAUAGAUGAGCGGAGUGGUGAGGCUUUAAAGACGAGGUGAUGAUGUUCCUGUCCUAAAAAGGAAGUGGAGCAAGUAGACGUUCCUUCCUUUGUCACCUCCUUUGUUUCCUUUUCCUUCAUGUCCUUGUUGUUGUUUUAAAGCACAUUCCUUCUACACCUCAUCAUCAUCAUCAUCCUCAUACACACACACACAAAGACACACAUAGAGUGUUAGUGAUGUGUUGUCUAAAUAUAGACGUACACGUUGUAGAUAGAUUAGUGGAUGGAAUCACAUCCAAAUUGUUGGGGUCCAACUCGGGCAUCCAACAUCCAACAAUGAGGUUCAGGCUGGGAAUGCGUGAUUCUGGGAGGCGAACGGCCCAUGAGGCCAUACCGGCAAACGCUAUGGGAACGUUUUCAUAAACCCAUGUGGCUGUAGGCAACCUCCCGCUGUGGUUUGCACGUUUUAUGUGGACUCGGUUUGCUCCUUAGAGCCGAGACGAUGUUGGUCCUGCUGCCAGCGUGUUGCACAAUACACUGGCUCAUCAAUGCAUGUUGUCCUUGCCACUUUCUCAUGCACUCCAAUUCAUUAUUAAAGUUGAUAUCAUAGAAAUAUGUUUCAAUAAUUGAAAAAUGAAAUGGAUGAAAAUUGUUUUUGGACACUCAAAUAUGUCAAAUAUUUCAUGAUUUUGUCUUUCUUAAUAUAUUUAUAUAAAUUAUAAAAAAUGUAAUCAGAUUUUUCCCCCACAAUAUAUAAAUGAAUCAAAUAUUUUUCCAAGAACAAAGAAAAAAUUAAAUAUAUAACAAUAUUAUAUAUAUAUGUAAUUAUUAAAACAAUAUUGAUAUCAUAUUUCAAUAAUUACA